AUGGGGCCUGUCUUUUAUUCUCAGCUGCUGGCGGUUGUGUUCCUGUUCGAUCGAAUCAGACUUGAGACUCCUACUAAGAACUUGGACUUCCGCCGAAAGUGGGACAAAGAUGAAUAUGAGAAACUUGCAGAGAAGCGGCUCACGGAAGAGAGAGAAAAGAAAGAUGGCAAACCAGCUCAGCCCGUCAAAAGGGAACUUCUGCGGCACCGAGACUACAAAGUGGACCUGGAAUCAAAGCUGGGGAAAACCAUCGUCAUCACCAAAACUACCCCUCAGUCAGAGAUGGGAGGGUAUUACUGUAAUGUAUGCGACUGCGUGGUGAAAGACUCCAUUAACUUCCUGGAUCACAUCAAUGGCAAAAAACACCAGAGAAAUCUGGGCAUGUCCAUGCGGGUGGAGCGCUCCACGCUGGACCAGGUGAAGAAACGCUUUGAGGUGAACAAAAAGAAAAUGGAGGAGAAGCAGAAGGACUAUGACUUUGAGGAGAGGAUGAAGGAACUCCGCGAGGAGGAGGAGAAGGCCAAAGCCUACAAGAAGGAAAAGCAGAGAGAGAAGAAAAGGCGGGCGGAGGAAGAUUUGACAUUUGAAGAGGAUGAUGAAAUGGCAGCUGUGAUGGGUUUCUCUGGUUUUGGCUCAACCAAAAAGAAUCACUGAGCAGCUCUGGACUCUCCUCUUUCUCGAAACAGAUUGUUUUUACCCAGGGGACUCUGGAUAACUCUUAAAAGACUUGAUUGAGGACUUGUAUGUAAAUCUCCCAGUAGAAGUUGGUUGGAGGAGUCGAAAAGCGAUUCCGUGCUCUACCCGUGCUGCAGAACAAGCUCCGCCUGUCAUUAGCUUCCCGUCUCCUUCUGUGUCCUAGAUCCGGCUGCUCAUCACUGCUCGAUGGCCUCGUGUGCGCAGGGAAGUGUUCUGCUGGGUAUGCUUUUGUGUCAAUAAAAUGCAACAGUUCUGUACAGGUGGCCUGGUUCAGAAUUAAUCCAGUUGUCAACCAGGCAUCAUCGUUCCGGGCCCUAGUUGUUGUAAUUGCCAACAAGGCUGUGUGUGUGAGACGUGGGGAGUGAUUCGGUUUCUUUUUGGAUCACGUAACUGAAGGGAAAUGUGCCACGGCGAGCGGUGCUGAGCGGUACAACCUGCAGCUUUA